ACUUCCGUUUCCGCUAGAACCUGCUUGACUCGGGAGAAUAAACAAUAAUGUGUUUCUGUAUGUUUUCACGGAGAUUUGGUGUGAUUGAAUAUAUUUUCCCACUAAAUAUCGAUUUGUAUAGCAUAACAGAUUAAUGGAUGACAUUGGCACAAAACAAUUUUUUUUAACAUUGGAUACAUCUGGAAUAUUUACCAUGUUCUAAAGACUAAAAGAAAAUGUUUUAGAGAACAAAUAUAAUAACCCAACUGCUAUAAAUCUAGACUGGAAUUACUGUGAACUAUUUGUUCUGAUUGAAGAUUCAUAGCACCAUUUCUGCAUCUCAUUAUUUGGUGCUUUUGCAUUCUAAUUAAACUUGAAUAUAUUUGCAAAGGAGUUUGCAGAAUUUUAGAUAUCAAUAAAAUCACAGUUGAUAGCAGUUGAAAUAUUUCUAAGGAAUAAAUUAUAACAAGAACAAGAAGAAGGAAAUUGCAUGCUUUGGUGAGAGAAGAAAGAUAAGGGAAAAAUUUAAUACUGUGAGAAACUUCAAUGGUUGGGUCUGUUUGUAUCCCUCAGAGAAAUGUCAAAAGAUUUAGGAAAAUCACAUCAUUGCUGUGAAAUCUGUGGUAGAUCAUUCUCUGUAAAUACAAACUUGAUUAAUCACAUACGUGUUCAUACAGGUGAGAAGCCCUUUCACUGUGAAAUCUGUGGUAAAUCAUUCUCUCAAAACGGUCACUUAACUAAACACAAACAUAUUCAUACAGGAGAGAAACCAUAUCACUGUGUUACCUGUGGUAAAUCAUUCUUAGUAAACAAUGCCUUAACUACACACAUGCGUAUUCAUACAGGUGAAAAGCCCUUUCACUGUGAUACCUGUGGUAAAUCAUUCUCUCAAAACAGUGCCUUAAUUAACCACAGACGUACUCACACAGGAGAGAGACCGUAUCACUGUAUUACCUGUGGUAAAUCAUUCUCAGUAAACAAUGCCUUAACUACACACAUACGUAUUCAUACAGGAGAGAGACCAUAUCACUGUGGUAUUUGUGGCCAGGCAUUCACUCUGAAUGCCCACUUAAUCCGUCACAAACGUAUUCAUACAGGUGAGAAACCAUAUCACUGUGAUACCUGUGGUAAAUCAUUCUCUCUAAACACUUCCUUAACUAAGCAUAUACGUAUCCAUACAGGAGAGAAGCCAUUCCACUGCGAUGUAUGUGCUAAAUCAUUCUCUGGAAGUAGUGACUUAACAACUCACAAACGUAUUCACACAGGAGAGAAACCAUAUCACUGUGAUAUCUGUGGUAAAUCAUUCACUGGAGGUAGUGAGUUAACUAAACACAAAUUUAUACAUACAGGAGAAAAACCACAUCGUUGUGAUAUCUGUGGUAAAUCAUUCUCUCAGACAAAUGGAUUAACUAGUCACAAACGUACUCAUACAGGAGAGAGACCAUAUCACUGCGAUUCCUGUGGUAAAUCAUUCUCUUGGAGAAAUCACUUAACUACACAUGCAUCUAUUUGUCAGAAACAUGUUGUGCUGCAGAAUGAUAAAAGACCUGGGUGAAUAAAGGAGAAUGCAGAUGCCAUGAACCAUACUUCAAAUGUCCUCGGUCAAUGUAAUAAGCUUUGGAACAGUUUUUGUCUUUCUCUUGCAUAUUGCUUCUCAGACUUCUUCUGCAGAGGCAGUUGUAUCCCAUCCAUGACUAUCCUGUUUUACAUUCUCACAUUCUUUAUCCUGGAUUACAUCAGCAAGUAAACUCCAGUUCUGAGAACCAGGUUUCAACUGGAUAAAACUUAGCUAUUGUUACUAGCAGGUGAAGUGACCAUAUAUAGAUCAAACAUAAAGAAAUAUUAAUGAACAAAUAAAAUUCAACAGAAUCUAUUUUUUUCUUGUUUUACAUGUUUUUCUGUUUGUAGCCAUUUUAGUAGCCCCUUGCAACAGACAGGGAUAUGGGAUUCUGUCUGCAUCCACUUCUGGUCUAAACUGGAUACAACUACUAUGUCAAAAUUGCUUCUAAAAUUAUGUAUCUUAUCUAACCUUAAAUAAAAAUGUCUUUAGAACUGUAAAUGUACACAGGACAGACGAUGUAAUAAUAUAUAAGAUCAACUACCAACUUUGUAUUUUAUAUCAGAGGACCCCUACCACAAGUUGCUAUCAGGCUGCAAAGAAAUAAUUAACUUGUUUCAAAUUAUAUUAUAAUUAAGUUGAAUAUUGGACUUGAAUUUAAAAAGAUUUGUUUAAAUAUUCGAUAUUCAUCUACUCUACUAUCUAUUGUAACUGUAAGUUCAUUUUAUAAUGAAUACAUUUUCUCAUAAUUAAUGUAUCUUUUUAUAAUUAGUGUAUCGUUGAUGUCUAUCUAUACUAUUUGCCAUAACUGUGAGUACAUUUUACAGUAAAUGUAUAUAUUUAUUUAUUUAUUUGUAAUAAUGUUCAACUAAUUUUCAGAUUUGUAAGAAUUAAAUCUUCCUUUCUGGACAUUAA